GAGCUGCAGGACCAGGACCAGAUCUGAUCUGAGUUCGAGGUCAUAAAGAAUUCCGGCUUUCUGAUAUCUCCAUUUCCUUCAGGGAGUUCACUCCAGCCAAUUUCGUGUCCCACACUGCUCGUGGUGGCCCGUCCCUACCAUGGCCCUCCUGGCUCACACUCUGACACUGCUGGCAAUGACCGUGGCCACCGUGGCCAUCAAGGUGGUGCCCCUGGACAUGGCCCGGGACUCGUUCGAUGACCGGUAUGAGGGCUGUGACCCAGCCAUGCACGCAAUGUUGCCUGACCUCUACAGCUUUGAGCGCCAGAUGAAUCAUCUCUUUGCCUGGGGCUGGUAUAAGGCUGAAGCUGAGUGGCGCAAGCGGGGCUCCCUUGUGUCCCCUCUGCCGUCCAACUGGCAUGCCAUUGCUCUCAUGGCCUACACAUCGCCAGAGGUGUACAAGGAGUUCAACACGGCCGUGCGCACGGCUGGGCACUCCCGCCAGGAAUACUUGAAGCACUUCCACUUCAAAAUGUUGCAUUUCCUACUGACUGAUGCCUUGGUGACACUGAGGCAGGCUCAGAACUGGCAGUGUCGCCGUGUGUUCCGGGGUGUGCGUGAUAUUCAUUUUCAGGCACAGCAAGGCAAGAGGGUCCGGUUCGGUCAAUUCACAUCGACAUCACUGAGCAAAGGGAUUGCUCUGGAAUUUGGGGCAGACACAAUUUUUGAAGUGCACACAUGCCAUGGUGCAGACAUCCGUCAGUUCUCCAUGUAUCCAGACGAGGAGGAGGUGCUGAUCCCACCAUAUGAGACCUUCACAGUCACCCAAGUCGUCUGGGAUGGGAGGAGGACAUGGAUCUGGCUCCGCUCUGCCGGGAUCUUCAGCAAAUACAACUGUGAGGUGGGAGGGUCCCCACAGCACCUUGUCACCUCCGAGGAUUCCUCCUGGCCAUCACACACCUGGCAUGGGCCACUGGGAUCUUCUGAGCUCUAGGUCACCAAGAUCACUGAGGUCACUCUGGUCACUGUAGUGACCACAGCCACCAUGAUCACCAAGACUCCCUCAGCCACAAGGCUGCCACAGCCACUGUGAUCACUGUGCACACCAAGGCCAUUGUGCAAAGCAAUUCUAAUAAAUAAUUCAAUCACAAAAAUUCCAUGAAAUAAAUCUGACAAAGCCAGC